AUGUUCACUCAGCAAGCCGCCUGGGGAGAAGGCUCCUUUCCCAUCGCGGUAGUCAAGAUGCAUGUCUGCUACGUGAGAGUGACUUGCAAGACAGGACAAACUCACGGCUGGGAUCAGCAUAUCCCGACCUCUCUGUGGGAGAAGAUGUUCAUCGCUUCUUCGUCUGCUGUUGGAGCGCUCAGGAAUCCUGAGAGGGCGGAUCUUGUUGCUGCUCUAGGAGACACUACGGGAGUCCCAGCUCUAAGGAACAUACGUCGUAGAAUGCUCAGCGAUGAGUCGGGCAGGCAGAUUUUGAAAGAGAAACCUAUCUUGAGAGAUUUCGUUGAGCUUGAAAAGAUGGGCUCAUACAAGGAGGGGAGUCUGGGAAGAGCUUACUUCGAAUUCAUGAGCUCUCGUGGGUUUUCACCUCAAGAACGCCCAUGCGUGAGGUUUGUGGACGAUCCCGAGCUAGCGUACAUCAUGCUGCGAUACAGAGAGGUUCACGACUUCGUGCAUGUCCUGACGGGGUUGGGAACUUCAGUAGAGGGAGAGAUAGUGCAGAAAUGGUUCGAGCUUCUUCAGACGGGACUUCCCGUCUGUCUCCUCAGCGCCACCGUCGGGCCGUUGAGGAUUUCAGUUUCCGACAGAGUUCGAUUAGCGACAGAGUGGGUGCCAUGGGCGCUGAGGGCGUCAGUGCAGGUUCCCUUCUUCAUGAAUUUGUAUUAUGAGAAACUUCUCGAUCGCGAUAUCGAAAAUUUGAGGCGUGAGCUGGACGUGCCUCCGCUUCCACAUGGAGCGCCAUGA